UAAAAUAAAUGAUCAGAGAUGGGUCUUGGGCAUUCUUCAGGAUUUACUGUAGAAAUCGAAAAUCAGACGCCACACGAAUUGCAUUUACGCGACUCUGAUGCAAUAGACCAAACAACAGGUGUGCUAACUAAAGUUGCUGCUUCUGUACAGCCAAGCACUAUAGCCCAACAAGCGAUAGAAGGUCAUGGUUAUGAACAUGCAAGCCGCGGAGCACAUGUGGAAAAUAUUCAAUAUGCCGUUCAGCCGUACCAAAGCAAAACAUCGGAUAACAUAUCGAUACAGAUCGAGAGUCAAAGCACUGCUGUGCAGAGUGUUUCACAUGAUGAUCAUACCGAUUGGGUUUUUCGCCUAGAAUUAUGUGCCGCCUUUUACAAGAAAGAUGCAUUCUAUGUCAUGGAAAUAAUUAGCCCUGCCGGUGAAAUUUGUGCAAGAGAAGUGUUUAGAAAGGAUAAUGCUUUGAAACACCGUCGUAAAAAAGACAAAAAUUGUACCGUGGAUCCAAAACCAGCCAGCGGUGACUGUCCCUUCGCAGUAGAGAUGAUAGUUAAUCGGAAUCCUCGUAGAAACUCUGGUUGGUGGAACGUACGUUUCAUUGUAAGAGAACGCACGAUGUAAGUGUAUUGUAAAGUCAGCUUGCUUCGUAGAAAGACUACAAUUUGCGUUCAGUGUAUGGAAAGCGUGCAGGACAGCUACAGUACGUGAACUAAAGGACAUCGCCAACGAUUUGCACCUUCAUCAUCAAAACAUUAGUAUCGCCAGAAUCAUGGGUCAUUCCACUUCAAUAUUUGCCGCAGUGCUUGGCGCUGCAGGGACUGCCGCUUCUAUUUUAACAGCGGGCAAGCUUACGGUUUUACUAGCAGUCAGUGCAGCACUCGGAGCGAGUGGCAAGAUAACAGUAAGUGGCAGCACCAUCGCACACUCUGUUCUCUCAGCAUCAGCACAAGCGGAGGCUAAUGAGGUCUUACAAAAAGACCACAGUGCAUUACGUGACAUAUUGGUACUGCUUGAGACUUUGAAACACAUAAGCAAACAGGAUGUAAUGGAAAUCAAACAACAUUUUGAGGUACGAAACACUGCAAACAUCCCCGAAAAAUGUAUCAUAUUAUCUACCAUGCACCAUACUGGUAAAAUUGGCUUCAUUGUGGGUUCUAAAAUUUUGUAUAAACCAAUCAUGUCAGCACGGAAACUGGUCGAGGAACUAAAUGCAAUGGACACAGGACCCCGGUUGGCCACACCAGGAAACGAAAACUUGCCGCAGCUUUUAUUAGAGGCGAUGGGUAUCAAGGUUCCAAGAUACGUUUUAGAUUCUGCCAGUGGAACAAUUCCACUGGUGUUUUUGCCUCAUGAUAUCUGGGGCCUUGUUGAGGCAGCUGCCAUAGUGGCUAGUGACAGGGGGACUGAGAUAACAGAGUUAUUGCAAAGCACCGCAGAAGCUCUAGAGAAGGAAAUACCAAGCCAACAAGAUUUUGAUAUCCUAGUUAACAAGUUUAUAAGCAAUAUUUAA